CGACUCUCCUGCGAUUUUAGAGAGAUAACAAAUUAGCAGCUCCAUUUAAUCAUCUUCCGUCGAUCGAUAUAUAUAUAUUAUACUAUUUGAUUUACAUGAUCAUGUCUAAGAUGAGGAAAACCCUACGAACCAAGUUGAGAUCUGCGUUCUCCAAGCCAAGGAGCAAAAAGGACAAUGUCGGUGGGAAUAGCUUCUCCAGCAAGUUAAACGUGAAAGAAGAAUACUUGGAAGUUUUCAGAACAAAAUCGUACGUAGAAAUGUGGGAUAGGGUUCACGGACAGCUCCCGAGCGCUAGGCUUUCUUCGUCUAGCUCAUCGCUUCCGCCUAAUUUGUUUUCGGACCGCUCCGAAUAUUUGCUAGAACCGCGGCAAGAAACCCUUAAAAACAUCGUCGACAAGGAGGGCAUAAAUCUCCACCACCUUCUCACCGACUACUUCGAAGCCAGCUUAGAUGCCUGCCACAUUUGUGACGUGCUCCUCCGUAGCAUGCACCAAACCCGGGCAGAAAAUCGACACACGAAGAAGCUCUUACUAAAACUCAGCCGAAGGGUACGCAUACUUAAUAAUGAUAAUAUCGACAUUACUGAUGACAAACAAUGCCUGGCAAUUUUCGGGGAGCUUGGCACAUUUGCCAGAGCCAAAAAUCCGUUGUCGAUAGUCAGCCCUGGGCAGUUCCGUGACAUUCACGACAGCUACGCGGCGCUGUUCAAUAGGCUAACUUUAAAGCACAAAAAGGUGCGCAGGGCCGCAAAGCGUAACAGAAUAUGCAAAAAGGUUGGAGAGGUGGGUCUGGUGUUGUCACACACCGCGCUUUUGAUCGCGUGGCUUGUGUUUGCAAUCCACAGCAUGAUUGGAAUCGUGGUGGCGCCGGCGCUCAUGGCCUGCUCAUUGGGUUUGUGCGUGAGAAAAAUGGACUCUGCGGCGGAGUGGUUGAAUGCUAGGUUUCCCGAGAGCCACGGGAAGCAACUUGACGUCGCGGCGCAAGGGGUUUAUAUUUUGAUCAACGACUUCGAUACAAUGAGUCGGAUGGUGAGACGUUUGCACAAUGAAGUGGAGCACCGGAAAGUGGUGGCCGGAAUAUGUGUUAGAAGUGUGAGGAGUAUUAUUACUACGAGUAAUGGUGGAUCAGCCUCAAACUUUGACAUAUUUAAGAAGGUGGUGAGGGAAUUUCAUGCGAGUGAGGCUAGCUUUUUGGAGCAGCUAGAGGAGCUUGAAGAACAUAUUUACUUGUGCUUGCUCACCAUAAACAGGUCGAGAAGGCUUGUGAUACAAGAAAUAUUGGCAAGUACCUAAUUAGGAGCUAGUUAGUGACAUCGCAACCGGUCAUUAAGCUGGUAAUCAUACAUCAUGAUUGAUGUGAAGUGGUAUGGGAUGUUACGCCAAAAAGAGAUGCAGAUAUAUAUGGUGACAAUCAGUGAUAUGUUACGUGACAUAUAUAGCUUGGACGUAAGCUACAAGUCCAAAUAAUUUGGAUGAAGUAGUUAUCCACGCAAUUGCUUCAUCAACCAAAUUUUCUUCUUCAUAUGGAUCAACCUCAGGUUAAGGGAUUAUUCAUUACUUCGAUCUGUUAUUGCUACUUAUGUGUGUGUGGUUUCACUGCCACUGUUUCUAUUCUUUUAUUCAUUAUUCUUUGGUCUGUAACUUUAUCAAUGGGUCAUUCUAUUUGUACGUAGAAUCAAUAAAAUUACUUCAUUUAUUUAUAAAA